CCCACCCCCGUCUCGACUCCUACAAAUCCUGCCUUCUCUGUUUCGGACUCUCCCACCCGUUCCCUUUCACUCCGCGUUUCUCGCAUCCAGAGACAGAGGGGAGAGAGAGAGAGAGAUAGAGAGAGGGAGAGGUUGAGAGACAAAGAAAAAGAAAGAGAGAGAGGGGGAGAGACAGAGAGACGGAUUACCCUUACGGCUCACCCCCACCGGAAUCUGACUCUCCGGCGGCGGGAUUUUCCUACAUUUUCUUUCUUUCUAUCUUUCCAGUCUAUGGCAUCAGAAAUGGAAAACGUCAGAACUCCAUUCAACGGGAUAAUUAAAGAUAUCAAAGGAAGGGCUGUAUGCUAUAAAGAAGAUUGGAUUUGUGCACUUUGCCCAGGCAUCAGGAUAUUGGCACCAACUGCCUACAUCUUCUUCGCUUCUGCUCUCCCCGUUAUUGCCUUUGGGGAGCAACUGAGUAGAGAAACAGAUGGAAGCUUAAGCGCAGUGGAAACAUUAGCUUCUACUGCUAUUUGUGGAAUCAUCCACUCAAUUUUUGGGGGACAGCCUUUAUUGAUUUUAGGAGUUGCAGAACCCACAGUUAUAAUGUACACUUAUUUGUACAACUUCAGCAAAGGACGGCCUGGGUUGGGGAGCAAGCUGUUUUUAGCUUGGGCUGGGUGGGUUUGCAUCUGGACGGGCCUCCUGUUGCUUUUUCUUGCGGUAUUUAAUGCAUGUACCAUCAUUACUAAAUUUACGAGGAUAGCAGGAGAACUUUUUAGCAUGCUGAUUGCUGUUCUUUUUAUGCAAGAAGCUGUUAAGGGAGUGAUCAGUGAAUUCAGUGUUCCCAAAUCUGAAGAUCGGGCAUUAGAAAAAUAUCAAUUCCAAUGGUUGUAUACAAAUGGGUUGCUUGCCAUCAUUUUCUCUUCUGGUCUACUUUUCACUGCAUGUAAGAGCAGGAGAGCAAGAUCAUGGUUCUAUGGCACAGGGUGGCUCCGAGGUUUCAUUGCAGACUAUGGGGUUCCCCUGAUGGUCAUGUUGUGGUCAGCAUUGUCUUAUGCUGUACCAGGAGAAGUUCCGGAUGGAGUUCCUAGGAGGCUCUUUUGUCCACUUCCCUGGGAAUCUGCAUCAUUGUACCAUUGGACAGUAAUCAAGGAUAUGGGAAAGGUCCCACCGUUGUACAUUUUUGCUGCUUUUAUUCCGGCCAUGAUGAUAGCAGGCCUAUACUUCUUUGACCACAGUGUUUCUUCUCAGAUGGCACAACAGAAUGAGUUUAAUCUCCAAAAACCUUCUGCAUACCAUUAUGAUAUCUUAUUGCUUGGAAUAAUGACUAUCAUUUGUGGGUUGCUUGGACUUCCUCCUUCAAAUGGAGUCCUCCCGCAGUCCCCCAUGCACACCAAAAGUCUGGCAGUUCUCAAGAGGCAGUUGAUUCGAAAGAAGAUGGUAAAGCAUGCCAAGGAAUGUAUUAAACAACAAGCAAGCAACUCUGAAAUCUAUGGAACGAUGCAAGCCGUGUUCAUAGAAAUGGACACAGCUCCAACUACCAAAGAGUUGGAGAACUUGAAGGAGGCUGUAAUGAAAGCUGAUGAUGAGGGAGAUGCAAAGGGCAAAUUUGAUCCGGAAAAACACAUUGACGCUUAUUUGCCUGUCCGGGUUAAUGAGCAAAGAGCGAGCAACUUAUUGCAGUCUUUGCUCGUGGGCCUAUUAAUUUGUGCUAUCUCGGUAAUCAAAAGGAUACCUACCUCAGUUCUAUGGGGAUACUUUGCCUACAUGGCCAUUGAUAGCCUCCCUGGGAAUCAGUUCUGGGAAAGGAUGUUACUCCUCUUCAUCUCCCCGAGACGUCGUUACAAAAUCUUGGAAGGCACUCAUGCCUCCUAUGUGGAGUCCGUGCCAUUCAAAUCCAUCGCUUUAUUUACACUCUUCCAAUUAGCGUAUUUUCUGGUCUGUUUUGGAGUGACGUGGAUACCCGUAGCUGGAAUAUUGUUCCCAUUGCCGUUCUUCCUUCUCAUAAGCAUCAGACAGCGCCUGCUUCCCAAGCUGUUUGACCCUAGCCAUCUUAAGGAACUGGAUGCUUCUGGGUAUGAAGAAAUUCCUGGUGCCCCACAGCAUAAACGAAGCCACUCAAUAACGAAGUGUGGGCAGGCAAAAGACUUGCCUGAUUCUAGUAGUGAGGAGAGUUCACUAGGAUUCCAUGAUGCGGAGAUUUUGGAUGAGAUGACAACCAAUAGAGGGGAGGUCAAGCUUAGAACCGUAAGCUGGAGUGAUGAAAGGUUGUUUUAGGUUUACCCAGAUGGUGUCCGAAUGCAAUGAAAGCCUCUAUAUAGUGUUGGGAUAUAAACUGUGCUUGUAAUAAUGAGAGUUGAGCAUGGUCCUGUGAAGAUGGGGUGAAAUGGGAGUCUUCUUCGUGAUAGUCGGCUAAGAGGAGAUGAUAUCAGAAAUACAUAAUAUCUACACAACCACCAGCAAAAAAUACAAAAGCCAAACGAAACAAAAAAGGAAAGAUGAGGAAGCAAUGGAGAGAAGAAAGCAUUUUCAUUUUCAGUAGGAAAAAACAUUAGAAUGUAUACAGUGAGCUCCUCAUAUAGCCCUCCAUUCAUUUGCCUAUUGCUGCUGUACUAGCAAAUCAUGUGACAAAAUGUAGCUAAUUUUUUUUUUUUUUUUUUUUAUUUCCAAAUUUGAUUACUAGAAUUUUAUCAAUUUCUUAUUGGAUUCUAUUAGUUGCACACGAGUUUGUACAAAAAUUGUUAUGCAAAAAAUCAGAUUAGAUGUUGACAUUUAAGUAGGACUCCCAUCUUUCUUGGCAUGGCAUUGGUAAUUUCAAACCAAGGCCGCUUUUAUUUUAUUUGUUUUCUCUUCUGGGUAAACUAGGCAGGCUCAAACUCAGAAGAACCAGUGUAAGUCAGAAUU